UCUCUUAGUGCUCGUGAGAUUUCGCAUAAAGAUGAAGGUAGCAGGUUUUUUGGUGGUCUUCCUUGUGAGUCUCGCAAGGGGUCAGGGGCCUCUGGUGACCCUUCCUGGUCUGGGCACAUUGGAGGGCUUUACUGGAGGGUCGUUCAUCUCCGACAGAUUGUUUUACCGCUUCAGAGGAAUUCCGUUCGCUAAACCACCCGUUGGCAAUUUGCGCUUCAAGCCGCCGCAACCCGUGGAGCCGUGGACCGGAAUUUUAGACGCGCACAGCAGCUUUGGGAAUGGGUGUCCGCAGGGUUCUGGGGGGCGAACUUGGCAAGGGGUUCUUGAGAACUACGUGGAGAAUGACUUUAACAAGGCGCUGGAACCUGAAGACUGUUUGUACAUCCAGGUUUACUCGCCAAACAUCGAUCCAACGGCCAACCUUCCUGUUGUGGUUUUCAUCCACGGCGGGGCUUUCAACACUGGUUCCUCUCGUCUGUACGGAGGCAAUAAAUUCAUGGACCACGACGUCGUCCUUGUAGUUCCUCACUACAGACUUGGACCCCUGGGAUUUUUUUCUCUGCACACGGAUGAGAUUCCCGGAAACGCAGGCAUGCUUGAUCAGGUUGAGGCACUGAAAUGGGUGCAGAAAUACAUUUCCUAUUUUGGUGGCAACCCCAACAAAGUGACCGUCAUGGGCGAAAGCGCCGGAGGUGUCAGCACCUCCCUUUUGAACCUCAGCCCGCUCUCAACAAAUCUGUUCCAACAGUACAUUACUCAAAGUGGAACCGCCCUGACGACCUGGGGCAUCGACCCUGACCCGAUCCGCUCGGCCACUGAAAUCGCUUUCCUCGCCAAUUGUACCAACCCUGAAAUCAACGCCCUGACUCAGUGCCUAAUGACGGUUGAACCGUCAGUAAUCUCUGGAGCUUACAUGGAUUAUUUGACCUAUGAAGUUAAACAAGGUCGUUCUGGAAUUGGAGGCAGUGCUCCUGUGGUGCAAAGGGCCGGUUCGGUCAAAUUUUUGGAAAAAUCGCCCAAAGAAAUUUUCAGAUCUGGCGAGUACAACGCAAAACCGGCCAUUUUCGGUGCCAACAAGCAUGAGGGCACAAUGCCCUAUUUUUACAUGCACGCUUACUAUAUGAAGCCUAACAACUUGAUCGAUGACGUGGAGUUCCUCUCCAGAGGAGUCACCAGACUGUUUUUCGGUUUUCUUGGUGUUUUUACUGACCAAGGUGACACUUUGGCUCUAGCUACGGAAAAUACUUAUUUGGGCGCUCAAAAUAUGGGAAAUCUUAACCUUAUUACUCCAGGACUUAUCGACCUCUCCUCAAACAUGUACAUCAAAGGCUCGACCAUUGAAAACGCCGAGUUUAAUGCAGCUAAAGGUGCUCCAACUUAUCUCUACAGUUUCCACUUUGACGGCUCAAGAUCGUUAUACCCACUUUUUGCUCCCUUCUCUCCAAUUCCAGGCGGUGUUUGUCACGGUAAUGAGAUGAUUCUACAAUUCUCAAUUCCCACAUACGGUACCAACGCUCAAGAUGAUGUAGUAUCCAAUCAGAUGCUAACCCUUUGGGCUAAUUUCAUCAAAUAUGGGGACCCUACGCCUGUUUCAAGCCCUGUGGAAGGAAUUCCGACCUGGCCGAGACUAGAAAACCGCGAUGGUUCUUAUUUGGUCAUAAACUCUACCUCCUCAAUUCUCCAGGACUACACAAGAGUUGAAUAUUUCGUCUCAAUCGACGAGAACUUCCCUAACAACGUGUAAUAAAAAUAUGAAUUUUUAUAGCAAAUGGUUGUAAAUUUUCAUUUUUAUUAUUAAUAAAGCUUAAUAAAUUGAAAUGAAUUUUCAUA